UAAAAUUAAAAUUUCUUAGUAGACAAAAUUUAAUAAGACAACAUUAAAGACUAAAAUUAGAGUAUGAGAUAACAAGUGAUGUUUCAAAUUUUUGAUAAUUAAAAGGAAGAAUGAAAAGAAAGUGGUAAGAUUUCCAAAAAAAAAAAAUUUACUCUUGGCAGCACUGAACUUUACUGGCUAUGUUAGAAUUAGGCGCGAAGUUUGAUCUUAAAUUUUACUAGUAUGACCUUCAAGCUGUCUCGCUAGUCAACACUUAAACAUUUGAAUAUAAUAAAUAACUUUAAUAUUAUUAAGUUUAUAUAGAUAAUUAAAAAUGCAAGAAGCUACUAGCGCAAUUUCACAAAUGCGGUUUCCACAAAAGCUUUGGUAUUUGCUUGAUUUACAUACCGAUGCUAUAUUAUGGGGUGGUACCGGAAGAACUAUUUUACUAAAUUAUAGAGUUCUUCACAAUUAUCUACAAUGUGAUCACUCUAUUUUUAAAACAACAAAUAUUUCAAGUUUCAUAAGACAGUUAAACUUAUAUGGUUUUCGGAAAGUGACGUCUCAUCUCCAGGAUCCCCUCUGCAAUUCCAGUAAUCCUUACAUGCACGAAUAUACACAUGAUUAUUUUCAAUACGGCAGACCAGAGUUAUUAAACAAAAUAACAAGAAAAGCUUUGACAAUGAAAAGGAGUUUUAAAACUAAGACUUUCGAGACUAAUGAGCAGUUGUUGUAUAUAUCACCCUUACAAAAAGCACGUCGUGCAUUACGCAUUGCAUUGAAAAAAGCUGCCCAGGAUUUACUUGUGCUAGACUCUUCAAAAACAGAUAGCAACCCUGAUUACGAAGUUCAAGAUGCACCUGAUGAUUUUUGUGAAGAGGAAGACAACAUAGAAUUGGAUUGGCUUAUACCAAAAUCUCAGGAAGAUCAGAAGCAGAUAACUGUACCAGAUCCUGUUCAACCGUCUCAAGAGGAGAAUACCAAUGAUAUACAAUAUAGCGACCUGAAGGAUACAUCACAAGAUAGUCUCAUAGAUUUUUCUGACACCUGUCAUCAGAAUCAUGAUUCUUUCCCGGGACAAUUUCUCAAUAUGCCUGAUCUUGAUUCUGAUGCCAACAAUGGAAAUUGCGGUGUUCAGUUGCUGGCUGAAUUCAAUAUAGGACAAGAUGCUGAGCAAGACAUUGCAAGAAUGAGUGAGAAGAUCAAAAAUCACUCUUUGAACUGUGUUUUACCAUCAGUCAGCAAUGACUCUAACGAUGAUAAUCCAAUGAAUGAUAAACACAAUGACAGCACAAAUCUUUAUCAUGGAGAAUGGGAUCAGAUGUUUAAUGACAUUAUGACUAACAAGGCUUCCAGCCAAGAGGGAGUGUCCAAUUUGAGAGAAUUGUACUCUCAAAUAUCUCAAACCAUUGACUUGUUAAAUUCUUAAUUUUUUUUCUGAUCAAGUUAGUUAUGAUUAAAACAAAGUUAUGUUUUUCAAUGUAAUAAAAUUAUUGUUACAAAAAAA